AUGACCGAGGCGGCCUCCAACUGGAAACUUCACAACAUCGUGGCCUACCUCCCCGAUAUACCCCGCGCCACCAUGGAGCAGAGAGGGCCGCCCGAAUUUAUCUUAGAGGCAUUCGCCGAUCCGGCCUCUGUUAAGGAUGUAGUUAAAGGAAUCCUCCACACCAUCUUCUUCCACCGCUACUUCCCCCUAAUAAUCCCCCAAACCCGCCCCGUCCUCUCCCUCUCCCUCCCCUACAUCGACGACGUCGAGCUCGAAACCCUCAUCGAACAGCGCGUCGCCCUUCUCGAACGCCAGCUCGACGCCGAGCGCAGCACCGCCGGAGCGCAACAGCACCACGGCCCUAGAGACCCUUCGUCGUCGCCUGCCCUCGGCGGUCUCAACGCCGCGGGGACGCAAGGAGGGGGUGGGAGGGGGCAGAUUACCGUCAAGUUUCUGGAGAGGAAACGGAGGAAGGCGUGGAUUGUGAGGGGGGAGGAGGAGGUUUGUUGGGAGUGUUGGACGGUGAAAGUUACUGUUGCUGAGCCGAAGACGGAGAAUGAGAGAGCAAAGGUCCGCCAAGCGAUGGAGCAGACGUUACUUGCUGCCGUCCGCAAGAUUAUGAAGUACGUCAACGCGAAUAAGGAUCACAUACCACCUAUUACGGCGACUAGCGGGAAUCCGUUCCCGUAUCAGAUUACCGUCAACCAGAAAGAAGCUGGCUGGGCCGCCCGGAUGGGGAUAUAUUAG